AUGGCCAUGACGGGGCAAAUCUACGUCGAGAAGCUUUCCCCCAACCCGGCCCCGGCGAACCCACCACUUCCCAUCAUCUUCAUCGCCGGCGCGGCCCAGACGGGUACCAAUUUCCUUGAUACGCCAGACGGGCGGCCAGGAUGGGCAUCCUACUUCAUCUCCAAAGGUCACACCGUCUACCUCUCUGACCAGCCUGCACGCGGCCGCUCCUUCUGGUUUCCCGGACACGGGAGCAUCGGGUACAUCGGCCCCCCCGAUUCUGUCUCUGACAUCUUCACCGACGUAGCACACAACGGCAACCAGUGGCCGCAGGCGAAGCUUCACACGCAAUGGCCCGGCACCGGCCGCGCCGGCGACCCAACUUUCGACGCUUUCUACAGGAGCCAGGUGCAGUUCCGAAAGGACCGCUUCAUAGGCGAAGAGGAGAAUGCCCAGGCAUAUUCGGCCUUGGUAGACCUCGUAGGCGACUGUUAUAUCAUCAGUCACUCGCAGGCGGGGGCAUACGGCUGGAGGGUCGGAGACAUGCGCCCACACCUGGUCAAGGGCAUCGUGCAGCUCGAGCCGUCCGGUCCGCCAUUCACCCUCCGACCGCCGUUUGGCAACGAGCCAGCGUUUGCCUUUGGCCUCACCGACCUCGCCAUCGGGUACGAGCCGUCGGCGGGCGAGAAUGCCGACAACAUGGAGACCGUGGUCGAGCCGGCAAUCGACGCCCACCACGACGAGUGCAUCAUGCAAAAGGCCCCGGCGAAGAAGCUGACAAACCUGGGCAGAAUCCCACAGCUUGUUGUUACCGGCGAGGCGUCGUUUCAUGCGCCGUAUGAUUACUGCACCGUCAAGUAUCUGGAGCAAGUUGGCGUGGAGGUGGAGCAUGCGGAUCUGGGCGAGGAGGGCAUUCACGGCAACGGACACAUGUUCUUUAUGGAGAAGAAUAACCUGGAGAUUGCGGAUAGGGUAUACCAGUGGCUGCAGAGCCACUGA